CGUUUCUUUUGCGGUUCGCCUUCCGUCACUUUGGAAUUUGAUGUGGUGUUUAUGUAAUGAAGAGUUAUUGAUUAAUUUACAGUAAAAGUUUUAUAUAAUAAUAUGAAUCUCGACAAUAACUUGGAUGUAAUUCAAUCAUCGCCUUCAAAAGAUGAGGAGGAAAGUCCUCGGAAGCGUAUGCGCUUGGAGAACUCUGCGCGGAAGAGUUGGAGUUUGAUGGAUCGUAAAACGGACACAGAAGUGCUACAAGAGAUGGGCGUCAGUCUGUUGGAGCCAGAUGACAAUGAGAUGAAUGAAGUUAUCACCUUGCACAAGGCGAACUUAAAACGUAAGCGCGACAUAGAGAAUGUGAACCCCAACGUGAAUAUCAUCAGCUCGCCCCGCAGCAAGCACAGUCCAAAGUCACCCAGGGCCAAGGUGCAUCCAUCGCCGGGGCCCUCCCGCGGCAAGAGCCCCCGGAGCUUAGACAAAUCCAGCUCCGAGAAAGGCAAACCGCUCCAGUCCACGGAUCAUCUGGACACGUCUCUGACGCAGGAGUACCUCGCCGAGGAAACCCCACUGGCUCAGUCCGUCAGCGCAGACUACCACCCCAGGGGACAAGGGUUCGAAUCCGCCACAACCACUACUGGAAAGAAACAAGGUGGUUAUUCAGCUGGCACCCCACAAGACACAGUGAGCAGUAGGAGCGGCGACGACGACUCGUUCCACAGGCUGCCCGACGAGGUGAUACUGGCCGUGUUCCGCUGGCUGCCCAAACUGACGCUCUCGCACUGUAUGCUGGUGUGUAAGAGAUGGUACAGACUAGCUUGUGACGAGACGUUAUGGCAGCGAUUGGAUUUAGGCAACAAAACAAUAUCCAAAGACUCCAUCGGCAGGAUACUAGCGCGGAAACCUGUCAUUGUGCGACUAGCUAGCUCAGAGAUCGGUCCCUGGCGUCCGCUCACUGUCACACCGUCCCGGGUGCAGUACCUGGACCUCAGCAUGUGCGGCGUGGACGGGGGCACGCUGGAGCGGCUGCUGCAGGCGUGCCCCGCGCUCCGCAAGCUGUCCCUCGAGAACCUGCGACUGACUGAGACCUGCCAGACCCUGAUUGGAAAGUGCAGCAACAUGGAGACACUUAACUUGACCAUGACACAGGGCAUCACUGCGGACGGACUGACUGAAAUACUGCAGGGAUGCACAAGUCUCCAAUCCCUGAACAUAUCGUGGGCGAACCUGUGUGAGGAGGCCCUGUUGGCAUUAGUGAGCCUCCUGCCGCCGAAGAUACAGCGACUGAACAUCAGUGGUACAAGGAUACUGACUGAUGAGUGUGUAUCAGCGCUGGCGCUCCGCUGCGGUCGUCUGGUGGAGCUGGACGUGUCGGACUGCGCGCGGCUCGGCGCGCCGGCGCUCGCGGCGCUCCGCCCCCUGUCCCGUCUGGAGCACCUCGCCCUGUCACGGUGCUACCUGCUGCCGCCGCAUGCGCUCACUAAGCUGAGUGCGAUGCCGUCGCUGCAGUACCUGGAGGUGUGGGGGAUGCUGCAGGCGAGCUCGCUGCAGGCGCUCCGGGCCGCCCUGCCCGCUAUACAGAUCAACCAGUUCAUGUUCAGCGCAAUCGCGAGACCAACGGUGGGCCCGCGGCGGACGUCGGUUUGGGGGCUACGUACAAGAGACUGAACUGAUACUUCGUCCCACUGUGUGGGGUGGAGUUAAGACUAACUAAUAAAAUACAAUCAAAUUAUACAAUUGACAGGCCGCGUACGACUUUAAGAUCGUUCGGUGAAAAUGGAGGGGCAAGAGGCAUAUGUGUACCAAUACCGAUCCGACUGGUCAAUGAUCGACUAUAAUAGCGAGAGAAAAUAAUAGUUUCUACGUUCGCUUACUCCUCGCUCCACCAAAGAUACUAGCCGCUUUACUAAACCUGCGGCCCGCCGCGACUUUUGUCAGUGGCCCGCUUGAAGUUAAACUUAUUUUAAAAUGUACGCCCACCGGCAAAAAAUGUAAAGUCGUCG